CUUUCUCCACCGGCACGAUGAAGCUUUCUCCACUGAGCCUCUGAAAAAUAACGGCCGAGGGACCCCGCUUGGAUUUUAUCAUGUCCAAAACAUUUCCGUGGAAGUGACCGAGUCCUUUGUCGAAUACAUCAAGACCAAACCCAUUGUCUUUGAGGUCUUUGGACACUAUCAGCUCCACCCACUCCACCUGCAGGGACAGGAACUCAACAGCCCUCCACAGCCAUCCCGGCGAUAUUUCCCACCACCCAUGCCUCUCUCAAAGCCAGUCCCAGCCACCAAACUCAACACGAUGAGUAAACCCAGCUUGGGACAGAGCAUGACCAAAUACGAUCUCCUGGUUUGGUUCGAGAUCAGCGAACUGGAGCCGACGGGAGAAUAUAUCCCAGCUAUUGUUGACCACACUGGAGGCCUCACCUGCCAAGGGACAUUCUUGCUUCACCAGGGAAUACAGCGGAGGAUCACCAUUACCAUCAUCCAUGAGAAAGGCAAUGAGCUCCACUGGAAAGAUGUGCGAGAAUUGGUAGUCGGGCGCAUCCGGAACAAAGCCGAAGUGGACGAAACGGCUGUGGACGCUGUCUUAUCUCUCAACAUUAUCUCCGCCAAAUAUCUGAGGGUCUCUCACAGCUCCAACAGGCUCUUCCUUGAUAAGGAUAUGCCUAGAACUUUCUACCGUUUUGAGGCUGUCUGGGACAGCUCCCUGCAUAACUCCCUUCUUUUGAACCGGGUGACCCCCUACGCGGAGAAGAUCUACAUGACCCUCUCGGCUUACCUGGAGCUGGAUCACUGCAUCCAACCAGCCGUCAUCACCAAGGACAUCUGCAUGGUCUUCUACUCGCGAGACGCCAAGAUUUCUCCCCCCCGCUCGCUGCGGAGUCUCUUUGGACGCGGCUAUUCUAAGUCCCCGGACUCCAACCGAGUAACCGGGAUCUACGAGCUGAGCUUGUGCAAAAUGGCUGACACCGGAAGCCCAGGUGGAGAAGACGCGUCACUUCCUGCUGUUGCGUGAGAAGUUGGGGGAUGGCCUCCCCAAGUCCCUGAGUGACUCACUCUCCCACAGCCUGAGUAGUAGCACCCUCAGCACCUCCACCAGCAUCUCCUCGCAGAUCUCCUCCACCACUUUUGAGAGCGCCAUCACCCCCAGCGAGAGCAGCGGCUACGACUCGGCUGACAUCGAGAGUCUCGUGGAGCGGGAGAAGGAGCUAGCUACCAAG